UAACGCCAACAACUUCGUACAUUGGGUACAUAGCCAGCCUCCCAUCUCUCUGUUUCUUCUCUCCUUGCUCUCGAUCCCUUACGUCUCCACCUGUUCACCUGGCUUGGAGCUGCCUUGUGGCGGGAGGAGAGAGGGAGGGAGAGAGAAAGAGAGAGAGAGAGAGAGAAUACAGAGGAGAAAUUAAGGGUCUUGCCUCCCCCAGAAAAGCCCCUCGCCCUCCUAUAUCUCUUUCUUUCCUACUGCUACUUUUGCUGACCCGAGGAAUCAGUUUGCACUCGCACUCUCUCGCCUCGCACGCAAUUGCAGUCUUUUUCGAACCUCCGCCACAAUGCUGUCCCUCAGCCGCACCGCGUUUCUGGAGGGCGUAGAUCAACGCCGUUUCUGUCGUGCGCAGAGAACUCCGGCGGCGAAGGUGAAGGCCGGAGUGGUGCGGUGUGUCGCGGCGGGUGAGAGGAAAACGAGGAACGCUGAGAUCUUGAUAGAGAAGAGCGCAGAUAUGGUGGAUCCGAAAUCGGCCGUCUCCGGCGGCGUAAAGGACGUUUACGGCGAGGAUCGGGCCACCGAGGAACAUCACAUCACGCCGUGGAGCCUUUCCGUUGCCAGCGGCUACUCAUUGUUAAGAGAUCCACACCACAAUAAAGGUCUUGCCUUCACUGAAAAGGAGAGAGAUGCACACUAUUUGCGUGGUCUCUUACCUCCAACAUGCUUAUCUCAAGAACUCCAGGUGAAGAAGCUUAUGCACAAUCUUCGUCAGUAUCAAGUUCCCCUUCAACGUUACAUGGCACUGAUGGACCUUCAGGAGUCGAACGAGAGGCUGUUUUACAAGCUUCUGAUUGAUAAUGUUGAGGAAUUACUUCCUGUUGUUUACACACCAACAGUUGGUGAAGCUUGUCAGAAAUAUGGAAGCAUUUUUAGGCGACCACAGGGGCUCUACAUUAGUCUGAAAGAAAAGGGCAAGAUUCUUGAGGUAAUGAAGAAUUGGCCAGAGAAAGCAAUUCAAGUUAUUGUGGUUACUGAUGGCGAACGUAUUUUGGGACUUGGUGAUCUGGGUUCCCAGGGUAUGGGGAUUCCUGUUGGCAAGCUUUCUUUAUACACUGCUCUUGGGGGUCUUCGUCCAUCGGCUUGCUUACCCGUCACAAUUGAUGUGGGAACAAACAAUGAAAAGUUGCUGAAAGAUGAGUUUUAUAUAGGAUUGAGGCAGAAGCGUGCCACUGGUCAGGAGUAUGCAGAACUUAUGGAAGAAUUUAUGAGAGCUGUUAAGCAAAACUAUGGAGAGAAAGUGCUUAUACAGUUUGAAGACUUUGCAAACCAUAAUGCAUUUAGCUUACUUGAAAAGUACAGCAAGACUCAUCUUGUCUUCAAUGAUGAUAUUCAGGGAACAGCUUCGGUUGUCCUUGCUGGGGUAGUUGCAGCACUAAAGGUGGUUGGUGGUAAAUUAACAGACCAUACUUUCUUAUUCCUUGGAGCUGGGGAGGCUGGUACUGGCAUUGCAGAACUCAUAGCACUUGAGAUGUCAAAACAGACAAGUACUCCUAUUGCAGAAUGUCGCAAAAGAAUCUGGCUUGUGGAUUCUAAGGGUCUAAUAGUCAAGUCCCGUUUUGAGACUCUCCAACACUUCAAAAAACCAUGGGCUCAUGAACACGAAUUUGUUAGGGACAUAUCAGAGGCUGUCAAGGUUAUCAAGCCAACUGUACUCAUUGGAUCUUCUGGAGUGGGCAGAACUUUCACAAAGGAAGUAGUUGAGACCAUGGCUUCCUUCAAUGAGAAACCUAUCAUCUUAGCUCUGUCCAAUCCAACAUCACAGUCUGAAUGCACUGCUGAGGAAGCAUACACUUGGAGUAAGGGUCGAGCAAUCUUUGCUAGUGGAAGUCCAUUUAAUCCUGUCGAAUAUGAAGGCAAAUCUUUCACGCCUGGGCAGGCAAACAAUGCUUACAUAUUUCCUGGAUUUGGUCUUGGUUUAAUAAUGUCAGGAGCUAUCCGUGUACAUGAUGACAUGCUUCUUGCAGCUUCGGAAGCUCUAGCUUCGCAGGUGACGCAGGAGAACUUUGAAAAAGGAUCAAUCUAUCCGCCUUUCAAGAAUAUUAGAAAGAUAUCAGCUCAAAUUGCUGCUGAUGUUGCUGCCAAAGCAUAUGAACUUGGCUUGGCUUCUCAUCUUCCUCGCCCUCAAAACCUGGUGAAAUAUGCAGAGAGCUGCAUGUACAGCCCUAUUUACCGCCAAUAUCGAUAAAUUCGGCAGUCAAUUUAUGAUGUCAGUUACUUCAGCUUUUAAUCUGCGUUUAACGAUUUAAAUUAUUUAUUAGUAUUAUGCAAGUCAAUUCGUUUAUGCCUCAGCUCUUAGAGAGUUUGUUGUUGGUGGCUUCUGCUGUUAGUGUAAUAGGUGUUUUCAUAUAACAUAACAUCAUAUAUUCUUUCAGUGCAAGUGGAAUUUGUUCUUCCAGCUGAAUAUGAUUGACAUAAUGGAAAAAAAUGUUGUUUUUUAUCA